AAGGAAGGUGACAUCGACAUCGGCGGUAUUAUUGGUCUGCACUCCCGUACAGAGAAAUCGGAACUUUCAUUUGAAACCAAACCGAGAGCUGUGACAUGUGAAAGCUUGCAGUUCCAAGUGUUCCGCCACCUGCAGGCGAUGAUAUUUGCGAUUGAAGAGAUAAACAGGAGUCCCGACCUGCUUCCAAACAUUACACUAGGCUACAGGAUUUAUGAUUCAUGCAAUGUGCCUCGCUUGUCAGUUAAAGCGGCUUUCGAAAUUAUUAAUGGACAGGAUCCAGCUUUGCCAGAGGACUCUUGUUCCCCGCGUUCACUGGUCCCCGCCAUCGUGGCAGAAUCAGCAUCUUCGCAGUCGCUGGCGGUGGCGGCGUCAGUCGGUCCUUUCAAAGUCCCUAUGGUUAGCUAUUUCUCCACAUGUGCCUGUCUCAGCAACCGGCGAAAAUUCCCUUCGUUUUUUCGAACGAUCCCAAGCGACUACUUCCAGAUCAAAGCAUUGGUGCAACUUAUCAAGCGAUUUGGAUGGACUUGGAUUGGAACGGUGAGAAGCGACAACGAUUACGGAAACUUUGCGAUGCAGGCCUUCACUGAGUCGGUUCAGGAACUUGGCAUUUGCAUUGCCUUCUCCGAAUCUUUCCACAGGUGGUACCCGAAAGAAAGGUUACUUCAUGUUACACGUGUUAUUCGCACAGCGUCCACGAAAGUCGUGGUGGCUUUUCUCACUCAAGCAGACAUGUCCAGUUUAUUGAAGGAAAUUGUUCGGCAGAACAUUUCUGGCAUCCAGUGGGUGGGCAGUGAGGCGUGGAUCGCAACUUCGCUUCUAUCUCCGGAGGAGAACAAAAGAUUCGUUACUGGGGCCAUCGGGCUUGCGUUACGUAAUGUGAAUAUCCCGGGAUUCAAAGACUUCUUAACGCGUCUUCAUCCGUCCACCUAUCCUGGCAAUCUUUUAGUCAAAGAAUUUUGGGAAAAGACUUUCGACUGCAGACUUAAAGGAAUAGACAAAGGGAGAAGAAUGACUACCGCACAAUCUCAUCAAUGUACAGGAACGGAGAGCCUAAAGACUGUGUUGAACACUUAUACGGACACAUCUCAGCUGAGGGUGACCAACAAAGUUUAUGAGGCUACUUAUGCUAUAGCUCAUGCACUUCACAAUAUGUUUUCGUGUAAAAGUGGUGAAGGUCCGUUUGUCAAUCAGUCUUGUGCAAACAUUUCAAAUUUUCAGCCUUGGCAGGUUUUGCAUUAUAUGCAAUUGGUAAAUUUCACAACUAAUGUUGGGGGAAGGGUAAAUUUCGACGAAAACGGAGACUCAGUGGCUAUGUACGAUAUUGUGAACUGGCAAGUGAAUAGCAAAGGGAAUGCCGUUGUUUCGAUAGUUGGGUAUUAUGAUGGAUCCGUGCCUUCAGCUGAACAAGUCAUAAUAAAUGAAGGAUCGAUAGUUUGGACUUCUGGUCUCAGAGAGGUUCCACGUGCAGUUUGUUCCACAAGCUGCUCGCCUGGAACAAGAAAAGCAGCUCGCAAGGGCCAACCUAUUUGCUGUUUUGAUUGCAUUUCGUGCGCUGAUGGGACGAUCAGUAACACCACAGAUUCAACAGAGUGCAUGAAGUGCCCCAGCGAUUCUUGGUCUAAUAAGGGCCAAGACCAAUGCAUACAGAAGCAGCUUGACUUCCUCUCAUUUGCCGAUAUAAUGGGGACUGUUCUGACCUCACUGGCAUUGAUCGGAACUUCCUUCACUGCCAUGAUAGGUGUCAUUUUCGUGCUUCACAAAGACACUCCGAUCGUGAAGGCCAAUAAUGCGGAGCUCAGCUUCCUUCUUCUCCUCGCGCUGAGCCUUUGCUUCCUCUGUUCAAUCGCAUUCAUUGGGGAGCCUUCGGCAUGGUCCUGCAUGUUACGCCACACCAUGUUUGGUGUUAGUUUUGUUCUUUGUGUCUCCUGUGUUUUGGGCAAGACUAUUGUUGUGGUGAUGGCAUUUCAGGCAAAACUACCCAGCAAUAAUGUGGCCAAGUGGUUUGGUCCACUACAACAACGUCUCACCGUAUUUCUUCUUACACUAAUACAGUGCUUGACAUGUGCCGUCUGGCUCAUCAAAUCUCCACCUCUUCCUGUCAAAAACAUGGCCUAUUCGAACGAAAUCAUUCUUCUGGAAUGUGACGUGGGAUCCGAAGUAGCAUUUUACUGCGUGCUGGGUUACAUUGGCUGCCUCUCAAUGGUUUGUUUUGCCGUUGCCUUUUUGGCACGAAAUUUGCCAGACAAUUUCAACGAGGCGAAAUACAUUACAUUUAGCAUGCUAGUUUUCUGCGCAGUUUGGAUAUCGUUCAUUCCAGCUUAUGUCAGUUCUCCCGGAAAAUUCACUGUGGCCGUGGAAGUGUUUGCAAUUUUGGUUUCCACUUUUAGCUUACUUUUUUGUAUUUUUGCGCCUAAAUGUUACAUUAUAUUGCUGAAGCCAGAGAGAAAUUCAAAAAAAUAUUUGAUGGGGAAAGCGUCUUCAUGA